AUGAGUGUCUUAAACAAGACCAUCAAUGUAUUGGGAGAGCCUAUCUCAUCUGAGACGUCGCGUAAGGAUAAGCUGCAAGAUGUGACAAGUCGCGAAUACAUUGACGUCGCACUUGCAACCCAAAGCAAGGAUUACGCCGCUUUUAAUUCUGAAAAUCAGGGUUUUUCCGUGUCUAUCGCGGAGCUCUUACGUGAUAUGCGGGGAGUCGUUGACUGUGACCGUCGCGUUUUGAAAUUCGCGCACCCGCAGUAG